GUUUCAAUGGUGAUUCGUGGAAAGAUUGUUACCAUGUAAUCAUAGUCUGACCACCGAGUUGUUGAUUGCAGAUUAACUUGGAUAGCUAUGCGUCCAAGACGAUCUAUACAACUAGCCGACACAGGGUUUGAGGCUAGGGUUAAUGACCAGGGCUAGAACCCUCCACCAGUCCCUGAGAACUAGCAACAGAUUAUGGCAGACAUGCAAGCCCGACUUCAGAGCUAAGAAAAGCAAAUCCAUCUUCUGAGAUAGCAGGCUUUGUCAGGGAAUGUUACAUCUAUUGUGCCACCUACAGUGGCACCAGUUGUUCAGCCAUUGGAAGUUGGGAAUAGAUGGGAGCCGUUGUAUGAGCGGUUUAGGAGGCAACAUCCUCCAACCUUCGAGGGAGGACUAGAUCCACUGAAGGCCGAUCAGUGGAUGAGUAUGAUUACCGCUAUCCUGGACUUCAUUAGGGUAGAGGGUCAUGACAGGGUGGCAUGUGCCACAUAAAUGCUAAGAGAGGAUGCCCGCAUUUGGUGGGAAGUGGCAUCACAGAGUUAAGAUGUUACUACUUUGGGUUGGGAUGGAUUCAAGGAUUUGUUCAGUCAGAAGUAUUACAACAUUGCCGCCAAGGCAGUGAAGGUUAAUGAAUUUUUGGGGUUGAUACAGGGCAACAUGACAGUUACAGAGUAUGCUCUGAAGUUUGAUACACUUGCAAAGUUUGCACCUGAUCUUGUGUCUACUUAUGCAGCUAGGCAGGACAGAUUUAUCAGAGGGCUUAAUGAUAUGAUAGCUAGAGGUGUGAUAAUUACAACUGUACCGGGGGGGACGACUUAUGCCCAGGCUGUUGAGAAGGCUCUUACCACUAAGGAAGUGGAGAACAAGAUUUGGAGGGAAAAUGCUGUGAGACGGGAGGUCCACAGAGCGGUGCCUCCAUAUUCAGGAUCUGGUAGGGGCAGAGGCCCAUGUGAUCUGAAGAGGAAGACCCCUGACACUUCGACCGCUGCUGGUCCUGAUAGGAGGGGCCAGAGUGUUCAGGGUGGUUGUCAGGGAGGCGGUGACACAUGGAGGAUCUACCCAGAGUGCACGAGGUGCAGAAGACGCCAUUCGGGUGAAUGUCGGGCCAAGGCCUAUUAUGUGUGCGGGGUGGUGGGACACCUCAAUAAGGACUGCCCAACAGUGAAGAAAGGGGAAAUAGGGAAGGUGGAUAGCUUGACUCUAGCUCGAGUGUUCACCUUGACACAGGCAGAGGCCGAGGCUAGUCCCUCGGUGGUGACAAGUCAGCUUUCUAGCGCUGGCUCUCCUUUUACUGUAUUGAUUGAAUCUGGUGUGACACAUUCAUUUGUUUCUAUUAAGGUGAUUGAUAGGUUGUGUAGACCUAGUGAGUAAUGUACUACGGGGUUCGGGACAUUAUUGCCAACGGGGAAAUUGGUAGUUUCUAAGGAGAUGGAUUAGAGCACUGCCAGUGAUGGUUGAUAGUAGAGAGCUAUCAAUAGACUUGAUUGAGUUAGGUAUGGAAGACUUUGAUAUAAAUUUAGGGAUGGAUUGGCUGGUUAGAUACAGAGCUACUAUUGAUUGUAGAAAGAAGAUGGUGACCUUUGAGCCAGAGGGAGAGGAAUCCUUUGUGUUCGUGGGUACGGUAUGUGGACCCCGCAUACCCAUGAUAUCAGCACUGAGAGCCAAGGACCUAUUACAGGGAGGAUGUAUAGGCUUCCUGGCUAGUGUAGUGGAUACUACUAGAGAUUUUCCAACAAGGUCGGGGGAGACUAGAUUGGUUCGUGAAUUCUUGGAUGUAUUCCCUAAGGAUUUACCAGGGUUGCCGCCGCAUAGGGAGAUUCAGUUCGUCAUUGAGUUGGCACCGAGGACAGAGCCAAUUUCAAGGGCACCAUAUAGAAUGGCACCGGAAGAAUUGAAGGAAUUGAAGAUACAGCUGCAUGGAAUUGGUCUCGGAGCUCUAUCAUGGAAUCGAAUGAUAAUGAGAAUGUUAUUGUGGGUUGUGACUAGGUUAUCGCUUGGGCUCAGGAGAGGAUCGUUCUUGGGGGUCGUGCUUGCUAGCUUAUUUACUUCUGCUUGGACCAAAGGUAAAGGAAAGGGUAAGCUGAACCAACUCUGAACUAGAGAGGUCUGGGGGCGGAAUGUACAUAGUCGGUUGCUCAACCGCCACGACCGAGGGAUGAUACAGGGACAAGAGAACCUUAAAUGCCUAUUUUGCCAUUAGAGUGGCUUGUGGUUGUACAUAACCUUUGAAAUUUUGUAAACUAUCCUUUAACCCUGUUUUUGGGA